AUGGCUGAAUCACCAAAUUACGCUAGAAUGACAAAUGAGGUGACAGUUGCUUCUUCAUCAUAUGGUGGAAGUAUUUCGAUCUCCUUCAAUAGUGAUAAUGUCCAAAUGACAAGGGGCGAAGUCAUUAAUAUGAACGGAGCCAAACUACGAGGUAUCUACCGUACUAGUAAGAUGGUUGCACAGCUUUUGGACGGUGUUAUUUUGAAAGUACUUGGUGGUGCCAGAGAUGAGCAAGAAGUUCAGAUUAUCAAUCCAGAAUAUAUUCAUGUACUAGUGCAGUGUUAUACAGAUGAAAGAUUUGUUGAGGUGUUAGCUGAUCAUGACUCUGGAAGAAUGAAAAGCGUUUGCAAGAAGAAUUUUCGAAGAUUGGUAUUGAUGUACAGGAAUUGA